AUGGAAAUAUUUAGCAGUAAAAAUUUUGAAGAAAUACAGGUGGACAUGGAAGAUUUUGAUUUUACACAGGAAGAUUUGCGGGCAUUAACAUUACUCGAUACUAGCAUUAUACAGCAGAAUGAACAAGAUAAUCAAUCUCAUCUAGAGUUGUCGGAUUCAAACGAAGAACAGUUACAUAUUCCGAAAAAACGAAGACGUUUAAUCAUCCAAAGCGACAGUGAGAGUGAGUCUGAUUCCGUUCGAAAUUAUGUGACAGCCAAUAUUACCGCCUCAGAUCGUGUGUCAAAGAAAUGGUCACGCCCUAGGCGUCAACAACCAUCUAUUAUACCAUUUACCGAAACUUCAAGUAUGAACAAAGAAUUUUCUACUAUAUUAAAAGAAGCAGACCCGGGAGCUUUUUAUAGUCUUUUAGUGUCUGAUGAAAUUUUCGAUAUGAUUGUAGAGCAGACCAACUUAUUCGCCUUACAAUCCUGCGAAUCGAGAAAUGUAAAACCUUCAUCAAGAUCUCAUGCUUGGAAGCCAACAGACAGACAUAAAAUUAAACGUUUCUUUGGACUUAUCCUAUACAUGGGUCUUGUGAGACUCCCAAAGUUAAGCUAUUACUGGAGCAAAGAUAAAAUCUUAGGACAGACAUUUCCACGUACCGUCAUGAGCCGCAAUAGAUUCGAAAUAAUCCUACAGUACCUACAUUUAGUGAUAAUGAAACCGCAAAUAAAUCUGAUCGAAUCUCUAAGAUAA